AAAUUUUGUUUUAUCAUUAAUGAAUCCAUAAAUGUUGGGGGCCAUGCAAUUCUAUUUUUUUUAUUAAAAAUUGAAAAACGGAAACGUUACUGAAUGACCCGAACAAGUUCUAAUAUUUCCUCCCUUUAAAAGGAUUCUUAAUGGUGUUGUAGGCUGCUGCUAGAGAUGCUUAAUAUUAUGUAGACUUGGACUUUUUAAUCAAAUAUUAUAGCCUUUGAGCGAAGAGCUCCCCCAAUCAAAAGGCAUCUAUCUAUCUAUCAUCUCUUUUGCUGCACAACCAUCCAAUCUUAUCAAGUUAUUUACCAUUUCUCCCUUCUUUCUUGAUUCCAAUGGUCUCAACAAUCACUUUUCCAAUUUACUUUUCCUCCCUGGAGAAUAUUUGCUUUACUUUUGCUUCCAUUCAUGAAAGAGUUCAUAAAUAUUUUUCUGACGACGGGGAGUCGGAGCUUUUUUCCCCUCUACCCAGAACCACCUACACCCGCCCAAACCCAAGAUAAAUCAAAGAUUUUUUGUAUUAAACUCACCCGAAAGUUCAAACUUGAGAUCUUUAAACCAGCAUGAUCAAGAGACUCCAAGUCCUUGCCAACAUGGUCACUCCAUUGGAGAGAGUUUAUAAAUAUGGAGAAAACCUCCUUAGUUUCCUUGCGGAAAGAAUAUAAAGAGAGCUCAAUCUUGUUAUCUAACUUACAUGCUCUCAUGGCUUCUUGCAGCUUCACUGAUGUUUAUUCCUGGAUAAAGAACCUGCCACCACUUUCUCAAUGGAAAACAACUUCCAUUUCUAUAACCAUAUGCGCUUCAAGCUCAACCAACUCCUCUCUUGAUGUUAUUGCAGCCAAAAGCCUUCAUUCCCCAACCAUUACUUUCUCAAUUGUUGCAGGUUUCAGCUUUCCCAUCUCCCUUUGGACAUCAAAACCCUUGAAUAUCAGCACCAAAUCCUCAAAUUUAUUAGAUGAAGAAAGCAUAUCCAGUCUCUUGCUUAAUUGUGUUCAUGAUGUUCUUUAUUAUGGCUCAAACCAACAAAAGAGUUCGGCCCUCAACUUUCUCAAAUCCAACGUCGCUUUCAACUCCAAAGAAAACUUCAAUCUCGCGUUUCUUACCCUCGUAUUCCUAAUCUGCAUCUACGAAGCUCCGACCGAUCUCCGUUCGGAUUGUCUGACGACUCUCAAGCAUCAUCUGGCAAAUUGUCGGUCAAGGCAGAUAUCAAAGGUGCUUAUGAAACUGUUGGGGUCUAAUCUAGAAGAGCAAUGGAUGAGGUCCCUAAACCUUUCAAUCACCAACUGGAUAUCGGAGCUCAAGGUUAACAGCCGUACUAUAAAAACACCCUCACCUUUGUUCUCGUAUUCUUUUUCAACGGAUGGUCUAUGGAAAGUUCAACUCUAUUGCCCUAUCAUUGCAAUGGAUAAUGUUGAGAACUCGAGCAAUCCUUCAAUUGAUGAAAGGUUGCAAUUCUCUUUAAAUUAUCACCAGCUUGAAGGGGUUCUGCAGUUCAAUCACAAGGCUGUGGUUCGAGAAAAGUGGACUGAUCUGAGGGUACACGUUGAUAACAUAAGGUGUGACAUCAUCCGGCUUGUAAACGAGACUCUCUUGUCUGAACGUGGAGCUGGCGGAUCAGAAAAGCAUUUUCCUUCACGGAUCUCACUGGAAAUAACUCCAACUAUGCAGACAAACAUAAUGAGUGUCUCAGUAAGCAAAUCCUCAGACAACCCAAGAAUAGAUGUCGGAAAUGAAAAAACCUUUGAAGCUGGAUUUGAACCUCCAAACCCUGCCCUCAAAUUAGCAAUAGGAGAGACUGUGUCAAUGAGCUUGAAGCCAUGGAAAUUUGAGCAGUUCGUCCAUGGCAAUGCCGCAACCCUUAACUGGUAUCUCCAUGACAGUUCGGAUGGGAAAGAGGUCGCCUCCACCAGGCCAUCGAAACUUGCACUUAUAAACCCUAAAGCUUGGUUUCGCGACCGUUACUCGAGCGCUUACAGGCCUUUCAACAAACAGGGAGGGGUAAUAUUUGCAGGAGACGAGUACGGAGAGAGUGUGUGGUGGAAGAUUGAUGCAAAGGCCAGAGGGAAAAUCAUGGAGUGGGAAAUUAGAGGUUGGAUUUGGUUAACUUACUGGCCAAACAAACACAGAACGUUUUACACUGAAACCAGAAGGCUGGAAUUCAAAGAGAUUCUCCAUCUUCCAAUUCCUUAGCUCAUAAGAAAUCAUUAGAAAUGGAGGGAGAAUAACAACUUGGGAUCUCCUUUUUUAUUUAUUCAUUUUCUUUCUCAGUAACAAACAAGUCGAUCUCUACUUUGUAUAAUUUGACUGCAUAUGGGAAUUGCAUCGUCCAUAUAGAUUAAUAUAUAAUAUAUAUAUAUAGCUGCUUCAA